UCCUGCACUCUUAACUUUUGAACGCACCACAGUUCGCAACAGAGUUAUUCCGCCAUCCACGCCGCGCUGGCCGAAACAAUGUUCGUGAAAUUAUACAUUUCCCUUUUAUUCGGUUUAGUUUCAUCACAAUUAAAUGGUGAAUUCUGGUGGCUCAAUGAAAAAGUUGCACAAUUGUAUAAUGUGGAACCACCACAGCCUAUAUUCGAUGACGUCAGUGAAUUCGAUACGGAUGAAAGUGUUAAAAUUAUUUUUAGAGACACUGAUGUAAGUAUCGAAGCUAAUGAAGAUAUAGAAAACUCUCCUAAAAUAUCGGACAAUAGAACGGAAAAUAUGACCGUAAACAUUUCUUUCCAAGAUCAGAGUUCACUUGCUAAACCAAUUUCAUUAAUAAAAAACGAUAUUUUGAACGAUAAAUUUACCAAUGAAGUUUUGAAUAAGACUAACGUUGAAAUGAUCCCUAGUCCUAUUAAUAACAUUUCGACUAUACCUACCGCACCUCUUAAUAAAGAUAAUAGUGAAGAUGUCUUAAAUUUUGUAUUUCCCGAUGACAAUGCGUUGGAGUGGAAUGACAAAACUAAAUUUGAUUCAACCCAAAGUAAUAGCGAUCUAACUACAGAUAAGCCAGAGACAACUACUACUUCAUUUAAAAAUGAUAAUAAACUCAUGGAUAGUGAAAGCAUUUGUACUUUUAUAACAACUAUUGUAUGUUUAAAAAGGCGAGGAAAUCCGUAUUCAUUUAAUGGAAGACCUCUAUCACAGCAGAAUGUCGGUGAUGACCAAGUUAUAUGCUGUAUACUACCCAUUAAAGCGUAUGAUGCAUCGAAAAUUUUAUUUCCAAAUAUGCAUCUAAAACAAUACAAGCGCUUUAAGCGCUCAAGCACCGGCGCAGAAAAUACUGCUUUGAAGCAAAGAAAUGCUUUAAUGAGGCGUAAAUAUCAAUCCCAGGAAAUUAAUCCCAGACUGUCAACAACAACUUCCCGAACGAUACUCACGCAAAGAAUAGUUACUCCUGAAGAUUACUUAGAUCCAUACUGGAAUAUUAAAAACUCGAAAUUCAGAAAUCCUGCGUCUAAAGACAGUAGCGACCAAAGCAGCUAUUCAACAUAUGAUUAUGGCCAUAAAGAAUUUGCAGAUGAUUAUGCAGCUGAAAUUCCUACACCUGGUGGCUUAGUUGGUUUAUAUUCCGAUCACGGCUGGUCGGUAGCCAAACCAAAUAAUGGAUAUUCAAAGCCAAAUUCUGGUGAUACGAGUGGAGAAGGUGGUGAUGGUGACUUUUCAAUUGGAUAUUCUACAAUUGAUCCAAGGCUAGGUACCCCAAUGUUAAUGUCUGCGACCAGACGGAAACCAGCGAAGUUAUCAAUUUCUUCAAUAGGAAAUAUGCAUAACUCAGCCACUCAAUUAAUAAGUUUUAGAUCAAAACCGGAUUUUCAAGUGAUGCAAAGUUUUAAAUUACUAAACUUGGUGCGAAAUAAAAAUAGAUUUGUUAGAAAAACUACAGCUGCAACUGCAAUACAAAAUGACAAUCUACAUACUACAACUAUAAGUGAUAAGCCAUCGAAAGCUAUCGCUAGUUAUGCUAUCGAUUAUGAAGACUUUAUUGAUGCAGAAAAUCAAGUAUAUGGUGAAUGUGGAAAAAUCUAUAGUAGCAUUUAUGAUAAAGGUAGAGAAUCCGGUGAAUUAGACAGAGGAACAAGUCCAUGGCUGGCGCUUGUUGUUUUAACAAGGAGUCGUCAGAGUAUUCUCUGUUAUGCUACACUAGUUCAUCCUCAGGCUGCUGUUACUGCUGCUGAUUGUGUUUACGGAACCGCACCUGGUGAAGUCAGCAUUAUUACAGGCGCUUUUGAUUUAUCCGAUGAUAAUGCUAACACAGAGCAUCGUCUUACCACUGUUAUAUCACAUCCACAGUAUAAACCUGGACAAUUGUCCAAUAACCUAGCAAUUUUACAUUGGAAACGACCGUUGACAUUGGGAAGGAAUGUGCAACCUGCGUGUUUGUCAGACCCUCACGUUGGUGACGACUGCUACUUCGUCGGAUGGGGAGGAUACGAUGAAGGCAUUCGCCAGCGGCCACACUGGCAACGCGCUUUUAUCCUUUCCCCGAAAAUUUGCAAUAUUCGGUUAGCUAAACUUGACGUACAACUACCGACUGAUGCAUUCUGCGCUUCCGUUGAUUCCACCAGGACUGUGACGGGUGUAGGUGGUCCUUUAAUAUGCAUGAACAAUGACCGUCAAUCCAUCGUGGGAGUAGCUGUAUGGCGCGACAAUGUGAUACUCACCAUACCCGUGUUGGAGUGGACCGCUCGUACUGUCGAAGGUCUUGUUAGCUAAGCUGAGUUGAAAUGUGUUUUAUGGAUGUGUAAUGCUUGAAACGAAUUCUGCAUUUUGAUGUGUUUCAUUGGAAAUUAAUGUCGUUUUUGUGUAAGACUUUUUACCUUGCAGUAUAUGGAAGUUUUAUUUUAAAUAUAUAAUCUUGAAUAGAAAUAAGAUGUAUCUAACUUUAGAAAGUAAAGAGUAACAUAAUAAGAGAAAAAUUUUGUAUUUUUAUAAAAAAUAUAAUGAAAAAAGUCUGUUGAAUAAAACAAAUAUAUUUCAGAUGAUUUAUUUUUAUUCAAAGAUAUUCCUUUCAAUUUAUGAGCAACGUCUACGAUAUCCAUACAAAACUUACAAUGUCUACGAAUUUUGCUAUUUAUUAUAUUUAUAUCCAAAUAAAUAAAGUCAUAAGAAAGCUAAGAGGCAAUUUUCACCUUUAGGAACUAAACAAUAAAUUCACAAACUUAAGGAAUGUCGAGAUCUGAGCUACCUUAGUUUAUAACCCUAGAGAGCGCAUUUUCCAAAAAAAAAA